AGGGGAUCCCAGUCUUUGCAGUUGUUCUACAACUCACAGGGAAUCAAGUAAUCGGACUCCGACCUUGAACUUAGGGGAGGGGUGGAAAGGUGAGAAAACUGGGCAGAGUGACCUGGGUCCUGAAGGAAGAGGGGACAGGAAGACUCCUGAGGUUCCUGUGGAGAAUCGAACUGGACACAAGGGUGAAGGUGGGUCUGGACCCGCCCCUCCUCAGCUUCCUAUAAGGGCAGAAGACCAGGAACUGCAGGUUCACACACCAUGAAGCCAUCCGCAAGACAGGGCACCUUUCUGCUGUCCUUCACUCUGCUCUGCACCCUCUUGGACCUCGGAUGGCCUCUAAGCUGCGAGGUGUGUAAAGGCUCCGGGCACACGUGCAGCGGAAAAAUGAAGACUUGCGAGGCUGGCAAGGACGCAUGCGUGGUUCUCGUGAGCGAGUCCAGCACAAAGGGCCGGCAGGCGGUGAGCACAUUUAAGGCCUGCAUGAAGUUCAGCGACUGCUACUCGGGCUUCGUAUCUACCACCAUGGGCCCCAAUGACUACAUGGUAUCGAAUGCACACUGUUGCCAGAGUGACGGCUGCAAUCGAGGCUCUGUGCCCCCUCCCGAGAACAAUCGUACUGAGAAUGGCCUGAUGUGCCCCUCCUGCAUCGUGCCCUUCCAGGAGACGUGCCCGGGAACGCAGGCAGCCCGCUGCGUUGGCCAGGAAACCCACUGCAUCUACUUUGCUGGCAAUGUGCAGGCUGGUAUCUUCAACACCAAAUUUGCCACUCGAGGCUGUGCUACAGAGAGUGCCUGCUACACAAAGGCUGGGGCCGAGGUGCCCUCAGCUUCCUACCUCUACUUCCUCCGCCGGGCAGACUGCCUUCCAGCUCCCUAUCCCCCUGGUCGGGCUGAGUGAAGAACUGAGGAAUAUAUGGCUUGAGGUCCCCAUUUGUCCCAGUCUGCAGCUUCCCUAUAAAUUAAACAAGUUAUCAGAACAAGCCUGAGUACUUGUGACAUGACUCAUCUUGGGGAGGUGGGAUGCAGAGGGUACAGGUCUUAACCCUCUUUUCAAAGGAUAGAGGGAAGACCUUGCAUUUUAUUAAGGAACUCUCUUUGCCAGGCCCUUCUGCUAAGUGUUUUCUAUGCUGUACCUCAAUUUAUGAUCACAAAUCUAUGGAAUUGAUAUUAUACCCACUUUUCUGAUGGACAAACUGAGGCAGAUUGUGGAUACCACUUGCCUAGGGUUUAACAAGUAGGAAAGGUCAGAACCCUGAUUUGAACCUGAGUCUGUCAGACUCUGGAGUUCUUGAUUACUUUUUGCCUGUUUUCACGUCUACAAAAUGUAAAUAAUAGUUAUAACCUUACAAGGUUUUUGUAAGAGGUAAAUGAAAGAACACUUUAAAUCACUUAGUACAGUGCCUUCCACCUUGAAGAGAAUGAUGGUCCUGUGAGCAAUAUGUCUAAGUAAAUACUAAUUAUCAUAAUGGCUGCCACCUACUGAGUGGCCAUCAGUUUGCAGGCACUAAACCCUGGCACCAGUUGGGACAGACUAGAUUAUGUUAUGAUGACAAACAAAUCCCUAUUUUGUGGUUUAAAACAACAAAGUUGCCAGGUGUGGUGGCACACACCUAUAAUCCCAGGAAUUCAGGAGGGAGCACAGAAAGUUCAAGGUCAGCCUCAGCAAUUUAGCAAGACCUGUGACAAAGCAAAAAAUACAAGAGUUGGGAUGUAACU